AUGAGUAAUCAUUUUAAGAUACACACCAUUGAAAAAACUUGGGACGAUGCUGAAACAUAUUGUCGUGUCAUGGGCGGCCAUCUGGCGACCUUUAAAAACCAAGAAGAGUUUGACUCCAUCAAAGAGCAGAUCGUCCCAUCAGAAAACUACUGGGUGGGCAUUAACGAUCGGGUGAAGGAGAAUGAGUAUGUCUCAGUGACCUUCGGCCAGAAGGUACAAUUUUUGGAUUGGGGCCUUGGAGAACCCAGCGAUCCUGGAAAAAAAGAGGACUGUGUUGAGCUUAAAGAACUAAAAAUGAACGAUAUUGAUUGCAGCGAAGAACGCUAUUUCAUUUGUCAGAACUAA